AGAUUUACAGACUGAAUUGAGUGCAUCGACUUAGACCAAUCAGCAAAAUUCGGGAAUGGCGGAGGAGGAAACUAGAAGCCCGCCGACGAGCGGGGCAGAGAACUCGCAGGGAGAUAGAGGGAGACCCGGCAGUGGUGGUGGUGAUGGUGGUGGUGGAGGAGUAGGAUGGGGUGGUUGGGAUUUCUCUUCUUUCUCCGUCUUAUCGGAUCUACAGAAGGCUGCCUCUGCCGCAGCACAAGAGAUCUCUAGAAAUGCUGCUGCUGUUGCUAAAAGUAUAACAGAAAUAGAGAUUGCAGAAGAGGAUGCAAAGUCUGAUGCCUCUGCUGGUAAAGAGGGGAAGGAGUUUGAGAAUGACAUGGAGGAUGAGAAAAACCUCCUCCGUAAGUCAGCUUUGGAUAAGUUGGAGAAAGCCAGUGAAGAGUCGUUGCUGGGACAGGGUCUGAAGGUUAUUGAUAGCUCUGUGGAAAGCUUGGCUUCAGGGGCAUGGCUUGCAAUCGGGAAUGCACUGAAGGGAGGAUCAAACCUUGUACACAAACUAGAACAUUCUGCUGCAAACCUUGCCGAUUCUAUUCAAAAUGGUGAGCUGCCAGGAAAAGCUACUUCCCUUGCACCAUCCAUAUUUGAGACUGGAAAGUCUUUCACUGCCAGGGGAAUUGAAGUGCUUGAAAGAGUAGGCAAAGAGACCAUAGAGCUUCUUAUAGCAGAAACUGGCCUUGAAGUUGAGAAGAGUUCUAAUAAAGCUGAUCAACAUGUUGAUGAAGAACCAUUUGAAGAAGUUACAUUUGACAGAUGCUUUUAUAUUUAUGGGGGUCCUGAUCUCCUUGAGGAGCUGGAAGCUCUGUCAAGCCAUUAUGCAUUGUUGUUUAAUAGGAGAAAGGCAAAGUUAGCUUAUGAACAGAAGUCCUUCUAUGAUGGAAAGUUGAAGCAGAUCCUACAAGUUUUUAGCUUGGGUUCAGAUCCUGAAGAAAGUGGAUUGGUCCUGGAUAAAGGAAAGAAUGUUGUUACUAUAAAUGAAGCAGGCCGUUUUGAGAUGAAAAACCUGCGGGACUCUAGUGUAAGCAAGGCUGCUGAUAUGGCUGCAGGGUUUACCUCUGCGCUAGGUGGCAUCGCUGCUGUUGAGAUGAUUCAGAGAACCAUGGAUAGGCUUGAGAUGGUUCACUCAGAGGGUGUUCAUAGGCUAUCUGAGUUUUGUUGCUUUGGGCUAUCACAUCUUCUAUUGCUCGGCAAGUCUGUCAUAUCUAGUGCAAGCAAAUCAAAUUCUGAAGGAGCCGAAGAUGAUAACAUAAAAAUUGACUGGCCCGAAGAUUCUGUUUUAAAAUCCCAGAUAAUUAGAUCCAAUGCCCAAUUAAUGUCCGAAGACGUUCAAUCCAUUUCUAACAGUUUUCUCACCGGCAUAGCGGACAUAAUGGAAGCAUAUCAAGCUGCCAUUAAAAAUGCCUCCCCUGUUACUCCUACUGAGCCGCCACAGCAGCCCAACUCAGUCCAAGAAAAAGCAAAUACAAUCUCUAACCUUCUUAACGUUGACCGCUCAGCUGCCCUGGAGAAGAUUCAGGAUGCACUGAAAUUUCUGUCUUAUGUGGUUCUUUCUACCUCUAUGCCUUCCAUGUAAAAAGGUAACUUCAAAAGUCCUACUCCAAACCUCCAUUAAAGUUGAUGGGUUUUGUAUAUAGAUUACUUCUGAUUACCUCUAAUACUGCAUGAAUGCCUAUUCAUUGAUGAGGCUUAUAAGAUGUACCUGAGGAAGUGGUUCACAGGUCAUGAGCCUGCAGAUUGUUUGAACACUAAAAUACCUACAUUUGUUCUUUAUAUAGAUUUUCUCUUAUAUAUUCUUUUUAGAUA